AUGGAUUCAAAAGAGGAACGCCCUCUUAGCGGUUCGACAAUGAAAGUCGUCACGGAAACAACUACCACUACAACCACCACCACCACCAAUAACAUCAUGCACGAAAAAUCAGCCGAGUCAAUCACAGAUGCAGGCGAAGAAUACAACUCCAAGGGCGAACGUAUCUAUGUCCAAAGUGAAGCUGAGAAGGCCCUCGUUCGUAAACUCGACUUUCUCUACGUGAUGCCAUUCAUUGCUGCUCUCAACUUUUUGCAGUUUUUUGACAAGUCCACCCUAAACUAUGCAGGUGUUCUUGGUAUCAAAGAGGACACCGGCACUACAGGAUCACAAUUCAGCUGGCUUGGCUCGAUCUUUUAUCUUGGCUACUUGGUUUAUCAGUUACCAAACCAAUUUUUGCUACAACGCCUACCCCUUGGCAAAUACAUUGGUGGCCUGGUUGUUCUUUGGGGAACCGUGUUGGCUGUAACCUUCACUGCCAAGAGCUUUCAGCAUCUGAUUGCUUUGCGUUUCUUGCUUGGUUUCUUUGAAGCUGCCAUGUACCCCUGCUGUAUCAUGUUGAUCAGCGCUAUGUAUCGUCGUCGUGAGCAAACAGCUCGCCUUGGUGUGAUAUACAUUUGCAAUGGCAUUGCGUUGGCAGUGGGUGGUUUCAUCGGCUAUGGUGUUGGUGUAGAGAUGGAUGGUGUCCAUGGUCAUUCAGCAUGGCAAUGGUUGAUGCUUAUCCUUGGUAUUGUCACCAUUGCAUGUGGGUUCAUCUUUUUCUUCUUUUUGGUGGACAAUCCUCAUUCACGUUUAUUGCGUCUGACACCUGAGCAGCUGGCUGCUGUCGAGGAACGCAUCAAAGACAAUGCCGUGGUGAUUACCAAGGAAAUUAAAUACCAUCAAAUCAUUGAAGCGAUCAAGGAACCUCGUUUAUACUGCUUUGCAUUUGCAUCCAUGCUCAUCAACUUCCAAAACGGUGCGCUCAACACAUUUAGCAGCAUUAUUACUCAAGGUUUUGGAUUUGCUGGCGUUGAUGCCAUUUUGCUUACUGUGCCAUCAGGUGUUGUCACCGUUAUCUACAUUGUUAUUGCCAUCUGGUACAACCGUAGAUAUGGAAACACUUUAUACGUUGCCAUGGUAUUGCUUGGAUUCUCGAUCCUCGGCUUGGUGUUGCUUCUUGCCAUCCCGUUGGCAAAAGCCAAACUCCUUGGUCUCUAUCUAUGCUGGUCAUUUGUUGCCGCUUACACCAUGCUCUUGGUCUCCUUAGCAAACAACGUUAGUGGUUAUACAAAGAAGAUCUUCUAUAGCUCAUGCCUUAUUGUGCUCUACACUAUUGGAAAUUUUGCCGGACCCUUGAUGAUGGUGGAUUGGCAAGCACCACUUUACCUUGGAGGCAUGAUUGCAUACAUUGCAGCAGAUGUUAUUACUAUCGUUCUGCUUUGGAUCGCACGUCGAUCUAUGGCCAAGAUCAACGCUCAUCGUCUAUCUAAGGGUAUCAGCCAUAAUGCCACCGUCAUGACCGAUAUGACUGAUGGCGAAGACCCCAACUUUAUUUACCGCUUGUAA